AACGCUGCCGCCAUGUUGACGUACGGCCGUGCGAUGGGACGCUGGCUUCAGAAAUAAUAAUAAUAAUGGCGUUAAUAACAAGGAAAGAAUGAGGCCGUGCGAUCCGCGGCGCAGUUUAGCCAGGGCUUUUUAAAAAAUUUAUAUCUUUCUUUUUGAGAGUGACUCGAAUUUGCCGUUAUUUUGAAUGUGUUGUCGGCCGGAGCGUUGUUCGCCAUGAGCCGACCAUCGUCAGCCGGCGGCGGGAAAACGGGCAAGCACACGGCGACGACGGCGGCCGUGGCGGCGGCAGCGAGUGGUGGUGGUGGAGGUGGAGGAGGAGGGAGCGGCAAUCCAGCCAUUGCAGCGGCGGCGGCAGCGGCGGCUGCAGCAGCGGCAGCGGCGGCCGCAGCGGCAGGAGGAGGAGGAGGAUCCACCCCGCCUCAGCCCGAACUCACUUCUCUCUUCGAGUGCCCGGUCUGUUUUGAUUAUGUACUGCCGCCCAUCCUGCAGUGCCAGGCCGGCCACCUGGUGUGUAACCAGUGCCGGCAGAAACUUUCCUGCUGUCCGACCUGCAGGGGCCCCCUCACCCCCAGCAUCAGGAACCUGGCCAUGGAGAAGGUGGCUUCCACUAUCCCUUUCCCAUGCAAGUACGCUUCGGCUGGCUGCCUCUUGUCGUUGCACCACACGGAAAAGCCGGAACAUGAAGAGGUGUGUGAAUUUCGCCCAUACAUGUGCCCUUGCCCAGGAGCAUCCUGCAAGUGGCAAGGAUCGUUGGAGGCAGUCAUGCCUCACCUCAUGCAUACGCACAAAAGCAUUACAACUCUGCAAGGGGAGGACAUAGUAUUUCUGGCAACUGACAUCAACCUUCCUGGUGCCGUGGAUUGGGUUAUGAUGCAGUCCUGCUUUGGUCACCACUUCAUGCUAGUGCUUGAGAAACAAGAGAAGUACGAAGGCCACCAGCAAUUCUUUGCUAUUGUUCUUCUUAUAGGCACACGUAAGCAAGCUGAAAAUUUUGCCUACAGAUUAGAACUGAAUGGAAACCGCAGACGCCUCACAUGGGAGGCCACUCCAAGGUCUAUCCAUGAUGGUGUUGCAGCAGCAAUUAUGAAUAGCGAUUGCUUAGUCUUUGAUACCUCCAUAGCUCAUCUUUUUGCAGAUCAUGGGAACCUGGGUAUUAAUGUUACGAUCUCAAUGUGCUGAAUUGCAUUGUUAUAAUACAGCAGUAUACUCGUAACAAUGGAAUGUUUUUCGAUUCAGAGGAUACAAUAGGCAGAAGAAUGCAGUUCUAUAUACUUUUCAGCGCCUUGCAAGUGUAAUUGGUGCUAGCCCAUUUGACUGCUCCAUGCGUGCAUGUGAUGGAAUGUAAUGAAGGCAUGCUCAGCACGUGGUUCCAAGCCUGACUAAAAGAAGAUGGAAACAAAAACACCAAAACAAACGUGUUGUUGCAACUGUUUUACAAAUGAGAAGUGAUUCAACCCUUUUUUUUAAAUCUUUUUCUGCUUUGUGAAAUGUGAGUUCAAAUUAUUUGAGGCAAAUUAUUCAAGAUGUAUUUGUAUACGGGUCCAAUGUUUGGAACUACAUUAUGCGCAACAUCAGUACUUAAAAAUGCAAAGCCAGUAGAUGCUUGUGCCUAUUUUAAAUAUGCUUCAGGAGAACAGUAUCUGAAUAUUAUUUACCAAGAUCAAAAAUGGUGAAGAGCUAUGGCAUGAGGUUAUUCUUUUUGUUGCCAUGACGGAUGGGUUUUGUUGCAAUUUUCUUUUAGGUAAGGUGGGAACAAAGCUGCAAAGAGUAGCAAUGAGGGUUCCCUUUAUACUUAAAGCAGUCAUGGAUAAAUCUAGCAUCAGCAUCAUCCACUGUAGUUUUUUUUAAACUUUAUAAUCCCUAUUAUAUCUGUAUGCAGUUACCUGUAUUGGAUUAAGUUCUAUUCAAAUUAUUUGUUAUUAAAUUGCCUAAUCAAAUGUGUAAAUGUUGACUGCAGGCUCACAUUUUGAGUAAUCUGUUCAUUAUUUGUAUCCUGAACGAGAGAAGUUGCUGCGCUCCAUGAAGUGUAUGUGGCUACAUUGGCUAGCUUUGUGGCUGAACUGCACAGCCAGGUUCACUGAUUCAAUUGUAACUCUUAAUUUAAAAAAAAAUUGAAAUGCUAGAAUAAUUGUGUAGAGCCUGUCAGUAUUUAUUAAUGAAUUACAGCUGUUAGCUAUAAGGAGCUUGCUGACUUCAAAAUGAUAUUGAGCAAAGCAAUGUUUAAAUUUUUUUUAAGUUAGAUAUGAAUUUAACCAACAUGCUAGCAGAACACUAAAGAACCAAGGACAUGAUAAAAUUCUCAAACGUGUGAUUUAUCUACUUUAGUCAAUUAUGCUGAGUAGUUGACCAUUUUCAAUUAUUUUUGUAAAUGUAUAAAGGGGAUGGGGUAGUGGUAAAGGAAAUUAUCAUUCUGUUCUCUCUCCCUCUACCCCAUUUCUCCAAAGGAGAUAAAAACAACUUUUCAUAAUAUACUACAUCCAAUGGGAUGAUAUAUAAUUUUGAGACUUUCAAUCUGGAACACACAUGACCUCAGCUUGUUUUAUUAGCUCUCAUCUUCCUCCUUGCUCUCUUCCUCUGUAUUCCUUUCUACCACACAUAGUUGUGCUUUCCUAACUCUUGCAAAUUAUUAAAAGGCUUAUGGACCAACCUCUUUGAAUCACUAUGGGUGCAGUUUUCAUUGAUAGUGGACCCAGUUACUUUGCUUUCCAUAUAUACCUGUUGCUAUCCAUAGACCAUCACAGGUUUCAGAAAAUUCUUGAAUCCGAUUUAAAAGGAAGUGCAGAUUUGUUUGUUUUUAUACAUUUCAAGAUAUAGGGAUGCCUACUCUUCUAGAACAGCAUUUAGAUUUUUAAAAUAGUAGUUUCCUUGCUCUAUAAUGACCAAGUGGAUCUGAUGAUGAACCUAGCAUCUCCCGUCCAAGGAAUUUCGAUGAGUCUAGUGUCUGUCUUCAUUUGGAGAAAAUUUCUGUAGCACUGCCUAUCACAAUUGGCUUUGAACAGUUGAGCCUUUUUUCUAAUACUUUGGAUUUAUUCCAGGUUGGAACUCAAACUAGCAAAUCCCUCACACAGCAUAUGAACUAAAGAGAAAAUAUUAUUAAAAUGUGAAAUGUAAGGCAUUUUGGUCCAAAUAAGUCUCGUGGUAUUUUGUAUCAUUGAAGUAAACCACUGAGGCUUUGCUAUCCCUUGCACUGUGAUAGCUUGGAAUAUUGAAAACACUCCUGUUGAAAACUAAACAGCAUACCUACCUUGUGUGGAGACCAAGCAAAGGAUUGGUAACUUAAAUGUCUGUUUUCGGUUAGCUAUUAGGAAAUGAUGUAUGGCUUUUUAACUAAAUGACAAGUGCUUAAAUUUGGACUGUUGCGAGAUUUUUCUCCAAAUGAACGAUGCGUAAGCAUGCCCAGAAGCACCUGUAUUUAACUCAUUUUAAUGACCAGAUUGAUCUUAACCUAAGAAAUAGGAGUAGGCAACACAGCCCUGCAAAUAUGCUCCACCAUUUAGUAAGAUCACGGUUCAUCUUCAAUCUCAACUUUCCUGCUGAUUGCCAUAUACAUAUAUCGUUUGCAUAGAUUCCACACAUCCGGCAGGAACAAAUUUCCAUCGCCUUAUUAAUAAUGAUGGACCUGCUUCCCCAGGCACAGUUCUGAUGUCUGCAUUGAGACUCGUGCAGCUGCCCAAGUAUUGACAGACUAUAAGGUCCAAAAAGGGCAAUUUAUUGUUAGUAAGUUUUAACUCCAUGUACUCUUAAAAGUACUCUGUUACUUUGUGUUAUGUCUAUUUAUUCUACCAUUCCUCCUUCAGGGUUUGGGAAUUCACUUUCAGGGAAGACCUAAGCAUGUUGUUUUGGCAGCAGUCUACAAACAGAAACCAGCAAAAUUCAAAGCAGUGUAGCCUUUUCAACAAUUGUGGCAGUCUCCUCUUUGAAUAAUGCUUUAGCGAUUUACCAGUUUGAAGCGGGAGUUUGCAAAGGGCAAGAUUAGAUCCAUAGUUGAAGACUGGAUAGAUAGGAUAAUGUGGUGGUGAAGAAGGUAUAAUCAUCAAAGAACAGUCUGUGCAGUACUUUCUGCCUGGGCUUGUUUAAGGCAGUUGUUGCUGUGAGAUAUCUCCAGGCAACUAGCAACAAUUCAUAUACCUUCAGGUUCUGUUUCUUAAAUAUAUUGGCAAAACUGCAUUAUCUUAGAGAUAUUCUGCAUCAUACCUGGUCUAUUCUCUACCCUUUCUGAGAUAUGAUCUGAGAGACUUUUUAAAAUGAUACUGUAAGAUUUUUUUUGAUUGAAAAUACACUAUUUAUGAUCCUUCCCUUGGCACCGCAUAAUGUGAAUUUCUCUCUUCACUUUCAGGAUAUGUUUUUCUCUAUGUAGUUUUGAAAAGUGGCAACCUGUACAGGUUAUAAUUUUUUAAUGGAUAUUUUCCAGCAGUUUCAAUAAACUGCUUUUAAUACAUUUUUAAAAAAUCCACUCCUCUUGUGAAUUUUCAAAUUUUUAGGACUAAUUGAAAUUUAAUUAAAAUGUUACUGCAGUUUGUUACCUGACCUGUAGAUUCCUUUUCAGUGUAAUCAAAGGGAUGUUUAUCCUAUUCCUUCAUCUGUCCAUUUGUCAUGUUUCCAAAUAGCACAUUAUGGUUUAAUCUAGUGAUAUGUCAUCUUUAGUGGCGACCUAAUCAAGAAGACCGAUUUCUAAGAACAAUAUGAGAAGGGCAAGUGUGUUCAGGCUAAAAAGUCUUUCAGACAGAAUUCCCUCUGAUUACGCCCCCUCCCCCCCAUCACCCCCAACACCAGUUGUAUGGUUUAACUUGACUCGAUACUUGAAAUGCACCUUCAUUUAAAGAAUGGUGUCCUUGUAAAGUUAAGUAAAUCUACCCUUCCAGGCACUGAUCAAGAAGAAUCCAGCCAAGAUAUGAGUGGAUCUAUUAUAUCUUUUAAUUAAUCUUCCUCACUAAAGCAGAAUAUAAAUGGUGCCCGCUAGUAAAUGCAGCCUAUUUCUUGAUCCAUGAGAACAGUUGGUUAAUCAGUGCUAAGUUUUGAUGUACUAACAUUUUGAGACUUAUGGGUGACCUACAGAGUUCAGCCAUUUUAAAAAAUUAAAGCUGGGCUUAACCAGAGUUAAAGCAUAGAAAUAAGAAUGUGCUUAGUACAGUCAUGUUUUAUACUCUGUUGCAGCAGUACAUUGAAUAAAUUUAAUUAAAUAAAAACCCAACAGGGUAACUGUUGCUUUGAAUUUUGUCAAACAUGGUAGUUUAUACUGUAUGAGUUUUUUUUAAAAAUUACUUUUGGUAAUUAUGCUAAUGUGCAUUUUUGAAUUCAAAUUUGGAUACUGUGGAUUUCCUGUUGAGCAGGUGUUAACAUUUGUAUUGUACAAGAUUUUUCUGUUUUGUUUUAUAUAUUUGUGUUUCUGUGCUGUUUUCUUUUUAUGUAUGUUUUGUUGUACUGAAAGAACAAAUAGUUCUCUGUUUAAAAAGUUGCUUAAUUCUUAUCAUGAAUGGCUGUUAAAACACAGUAAAACUUUAGUUUUGAAGUGACCACUCUUUUUAAUCAGGAAAACUGUUCUGUACUAGUAUAAAAUAACAUUUCUUUAUUUGCUCUGUAUCCAAAUUGCAAUAAAUUAAUUAAAACAAUUUACAAUGA